AUGACGGCUGCCUUCAUGAUGCUCAUUGUCACCAGUGUUUGCAGUUUGUCUGCUAAACACAUCUAUAUGCCAAGGGCAAAAAUAUGGUCUGAAGCUCAGGCAGACUGCAGGGCCAACUUUAUUGAUCUUUCAGCAAUCACCAGUAAGACGGAAAAUGAAGCAUUCAAAAUGGAACAUGGAGACAAAUCUGGAUGGAUUGGUCUCUACAGGGAUUCCACCAGCCCCACUGAAUAUAGCUGCAGCGGAUGGCUACUUUAUUCCGGCUUUAUCCCCAGAGAUUACUUCUGCUUCAGCCUGAUUGUCAUUGAGGAGAAAAAGUCCUGGGAAGAGGCUCUGGAGUACUGCAGAGAGAAACACGCCGAGAUCACCAGCCUGGUCUCUGAGCAUGAGGUCCUCCUGGCUCAGAAGGUGAUCCAGCCGAACAGCAUCACUGAUCCGGUCUGGAUCGGCCUGUGUUUUCUGGGAAAUCGCUGGCUGUGGGUGAAUGGAGACCCUCUGGAGUAUCAGGCCUGGACCAUGGGAGAAGAGCACAGCCAGUGUCUGGAAAAGGGACGCUGCGGAGCUCUCGCCAAAGGGGGGCAGUGGGAAAACCGGGACUGCCAGGAGAGACUCAGCUUUAUCUGCUACUAA